CCCAUCCACUUCCAUUCCUCCACCAUUGCUGGUCGCCAUCUUGUCCGGUGAACCGCGCAGGCGCAGUGAAGUGUUCACAUAACAAACGUUAGGUGGCAAUAUAGCUUCAUCGUUGUGCUUUAAAAUAAGUCCUAAUAAUAACUGUGCUAAAUAUGACAGGUGUUUACAGAGAGAAACACCGGAUUUACCCAUGACACGCUUUGUUGAGGAUAAAGAAGUACAUUUUGUUUAAGGGGUGAAAUGCGGGAUAGGAACUAAAGUCCGUCGGCAGCGGUUUCCCAGGGGACUGCUGAUGAAGGCGCACCGCGUGUGCGUCGAAGAUAGCGGCCCGUGUCCGUGGUUGAAAUAGUUUUGUUUACAAAAUGGAUGAAUUUAAAGCCUGUAACCUGGACUACUUUCCAGAAAACAUUUUAAUUGACGUGUUGUCGUAUCUGAGCGUACGAGAGCUGGUCAGAGCCGGAAGAGUGUGUAAGAGGUGGAAACGGCUUGUGAAAGACCAAAGGCUGUGGAGAUUUGUCGAUCUGACUGCAUGGAAAGGGGUGACAUCCCGCAUACUCUGGCUCCUGCUGCGUCAGUACCUGGGUUGUGGACUAAGGUGCCUACGACUGCGUGGGUUGCUGCUUUCUGCCAGAGGGGGCACCUUUCUAUCUGAGUCAUGGCUCAAAGCUUUGUCGACAAAGUGCCCUCGCCUAAGUAAGCUCUAUCUUCUGCACGCAGACUUGAGAAGCCUUCCGAGUUGCCAGCUCCUACCUAAGUCUUUGCAGGUGCUGGAGCUGCGUGGCUGUGAGCUGCCUCGUGAAUUUUUCAACCAGACUCCCACUUCCCCUUCUGGUUCCCAGGAAAGGGCAGAAGCCACAUCCAGUGUUGGUGCUCAACAACAAGGAAGGCAUCGAAAAGGAAAAGGGAUUGGCUCUCCAUCAGGGAUUGGUAUUGGGCGGUUAGUCCUUAACAAUGUGCCCUCUUUCACGGACCAGCAUCUGCAGAGUCUGACAUCAUGGGAGAGGCUCAGUCGUUUGGAGCUCCGCGACACCUUUCGUGUGACUGCUAACGGGCUCAGGAGCUCUGCUGCCAAGGAGGGCGUUUGUGGGGUGGAGGGCCUUUCCAGGCUCAAGUUUCUGGAAAUAGGCAUCACUGGGCGGCAAGGUUAUCAGUUACAGAUGGCCUCCCUCGGCCUUGGGGCAGGAUGGCUCGGACUGGAGGAACUGAGUCUGGGGGGCAAAGAGGUGGGGCCCGGCUUGCUGUGUGCCAGCCGCCUGAAGGACCUGAAGUGUCUGUGCCUGUGGGCCUGCACACUCAGCGAGAUGCAGAUAGUGCGGAGCUGCAGGAUGCUCCGAGGGCUCAGCCGGAUGGAGUUUUUGGAUGUGACCUUCCAGCCUCGGCAGUGUCCACCAGCUGUGGAGGGGGAGGGUGGUGGUAGUGGAGAUGAGCAGGACAAUGAGGAAGCUGCAGGAGGAGACAACAGUAAUGAUGAGAACAGGACACUAGACAUGAACGAUCCUAUUCCAAGUUUGCGUCGCUCACUGGCUGUCCUGCUGCCAUCCUGCACACUCGUUUUCACCAACUGCUCUGUUCAGAUCAGUGCAGACUAAAUGAGGUCUUGACUACUGUCCAAUAUAGAUACAAGUCCCUUUCACUCAGCCAUUUAUCAUUUUAUGUAGUUAUGGAGACAAUGAAUGACAUCAUAUUAUUGUAACUAUACCCAGCCCUCAUUGUUACAAGAUAUCAAGAAUUCAUCAGAGCCAGAUCCGGAUGUGAAUCAAAUGUUCAGACCUUAUAUUUAAAAAAUUGCAAAUACUGGAGAAAUCGGAGUAAACUCUAUUGAAAUACUCCACCAUGCCCUCUUUUUCAAGCUUUUAAGACCCUUAUUCUCCUAAAUAUGCUUUUUAUCUGCCAACCUCAACAGCCUUAGUAGGAAAACGGUUUUCAGCUGUGCUUUUAAAGAAGUUUGGUUUCUAAAUUAGCAAAAUGUUACAUAUGAUUCAGGGCCAUACCUUUUUAACAUGCAUUUAUGUCCUUAAUAUUGGUUUUGACAGGAUACUUUCUAACCAUAUUUCUUGAAACUUGAAUCAAUCUUACUUUAAAUGGUGCUAUAUAUUGUGAUAUAGGAAAUAUGUACUUUUUAUGGAUGAAAUAACCAGGAAGGAUGUCUAUAGGCUAUUUCAGAAAAUAAAAAACACCAUAAUACCUAAUUAAGGUACUUCAUCAAAUUGAUGAAAAAUCCUCUUGCCACAAAGCAAUCUUGCUCUUUCAUUUGCAGCAUUGCCUCAAAGACCCCACACAUUUUGAAGUUGGAGCUACCACAUUACACUGUGUGGAAAAAAAAUAUCUGAAGGAAGAAACAUUUAUAUUGUCUCGUGGUAUAUAUUGUGUCCAACCUUUAAGGUUGAUCAGUGGGCUGUCUCGCUUACAAAUGUUUUUCAACAUACUCUCUCAAACUCAGUCCAAAUAAAAAAACAAAACUAUGGAGCUUUCACAGCUAGACUAUAAAAAGACGCAAGCAGGUGUCAGUUACAUCAGAUAACUGAAGCAUGCUGCUACCACCUGUUUCCUGUUCCUUCACUCCUUUUCAGCAUUGUAAACAUUCAGAAAUUAUAGAUGUUACAAGCAGGUUUUUGACUUUUGGUGUUACGGAAAAACAGCACAACAUAUUUAAAUUUAUCUUCAUCAAUUCCCAAUUCUUUCUUGCUUUCUCUUUUUCUUUCAUUUUAGAUUUUUAGAAAUCAUGAAAUAAAAAAAUGUAGUUGUAAAUGUCUGUUUAUUGUAAUAAUUACAUGCAAUAUCUGUGUCAUUGACGUGAAUUGUAUUUCAUCAAGCCAACGAUUAUAAUUUUAACCUUCUU